AUGAGCGCUACUUGUGAUAACUCGACAAGGAUGGGCAGUUUGAAAGAAGUCGCCAGAAAAUAUGCUAGUUUCAUUGGCCCAGGCAUUAUGAUCUCAGUGGCAUACAUGGAUCCUGGUAAUUAUUCAACUGGUGUGUCUGCUGGCGCCAAUAAUAGAUUUUCAUUACUUUUCUUCGUGUUCAUUUCCAACUUCAUGGCGAUUUUUUUACAAUCCUUAUGCAUCAAAUUAGGCACUGUUACGGGGUUCGAUUUGGCUCGUUGCUGCCGUGAAUACUUGCCCAAGAAGUUGAAUUAUGUGAUGUGGUUCUUGGCUGAAUGUGCGAUUAUCGCUACAGAUGUCGCUGAAGUGAUUGGUUCCGCAAUUGCUCUUAACAUCUUGCUACGGAUUCCAUUACCGGCUGGAGUCGUCAUUACAAUUGUUGACGUGCUAGUGGUUCUUGCCGCAUAUCGAUCUGACCUGCCGCUGGCUACAUUCAUUAGGUUCUUUGAAUAUGCUGUCGCACUUUUAGUGAUUGGUGUGGUUUCUUGUUUUGCUGCUUUGCUAGCCUAUCUACCCGAAGGUUCGGCGCCAGUGGGCCUUGUCUUCCGAGGGUUCGUUCCUUCGAAGGAAAUGACGGAAAAUGGUGGUUUGGGUAUUGCUACUUCUAUCAUUGGUGCAACUGUGAUGAUUCAUUCCCUUUUUUUGGGUUCAGGCAUUGUUCAACCACGUCUCAGGGAGUAUGACUCCUUACACGGAAAUUUACAAGGUCUGGAUUCCAAUUUGGAAAAGCUGGAGGAUAUCCGGGAAAAAACCUCGGAAAUCAUGGAUAAGGAAUACAAGCCUCUGUUCGCCGCAGUCAAGUAUUGCUACAAAUACUCAAUCAUAGAGCUUGUGGUUACGCUUAUGACAUUCGCCGUGUUCGUGAAUGCGGCAAUUGUGAUUGUUGCAGGCGGCUCUCUUUACGAUACUCCCCAGGCCUCAAACGCAGACUUGUACGUGAUACAUGAUUUGUUGCUGAAAAUUUUAGCUCCCGUGGCUGGAACGAUAUUCAUGUUAGCCUUAUUAUUCUCUGGUCAAAGUGCUGGUAUUGUUUGCACCAUUGCUGGGCAGAUGGUUAGCGAAGGCCAUUUGAAUUGGACAUGCAAACCUUGGGUUCGAAGAUUGAUAACGAGAGGCAUUGCAAUUGUGCCGUGCCUUAUUAUAUCUCUUUGCAUUGGAAGACAAGCUUUAAGUGCCGCCUUAAAUGUGUCACAAAUUGUUAUAUCGCUUCUUCUUCCGCCACUUAUGAUGCCCCUUAUCUACUUCACUUGUAACAAAAAAAUCAUGCGAGUUGAAAAAGAAGGAGAUUUGGGUGCCCAAGAACAAGAAAACACAGAAGAGCAUGAGCUUGAAAAGGAGGGUAAUACUUCUGAAGAUGGGAAAGAGUAUCAUCAGAUGGAGAACUCUUGGACUACAACUGUUUUACUUGUGCUUGUUUGGCUAUUCGUUUCCGGGUUGAAUAUCUAUUCAAUUGUCCAAAUGGCGCAAACAGGUAUUUAUCUGGCCUAG